AGCAAGCCCGAUUUAAACCACUCCCUCAUUCUCUUCUCUCUAUAACCGCCUCGAUCUCUCUCCUUCCCUCUCUAUAUACCAUCUUUUCUAUAACCCUAGCUCUCGUUCUCUCUAUCUCUCGCUCUCUCACACACACACUCAUCGAAGAACAAGCAAUGGCUGGAAAAGGAGAAGGCCCGGCGAUCGGAAUCGAUCUGGGGACGACCUACUCGUGUGUAGGUGUAUGGCAACACGAUCGCGUUGAGAUCAUAGCCAAUGAUCAGGGCAACAGGACCACGCCGUCUUACGUCGGCUUUACUGACACUGAGCGAUUGAUCGGCGAUGCAGCCAAGAACCAGGUCGCUAUGAACCCCAUUAACACUGUCUUUGAUGCAAAACGUCUCAUUGGGAGGAGAUUUAGUGAUGCCUCUGUCGUGAGUGAUACUAAACUAUGGCCCUUCAAGGUUAUACCUGGUCCUGGUGACAAGCCAAUGAUUAUUGUCAACUACAAGGGUGAGGAUAAGCAGUUUGCCGCUGAGGAAAUCUCCUCUAUGGUUCUCACAAAAAUGAAGGAGAUUGCUGAGGCAUUCCUUGGAUCAAUUGUGAAGAAUGCUGUUGUCACUGUUCCUGCUUACUUCAAUGACUCACAACGCCAGGCUACCAAGGACGCUGGUGUUAUUUCUGGGCUCAAUGUCAUGCGUAUUAUCAACGAACCUACUGCUGCUGCCAUUGCCUAUGGUCUUGAUAAGAAAGCUACCAGUGUUGGUGAGAAGAACGUUCUCAUCUUUGAUCUUGGUGGUGGUACUUUUGAUGUUUCCCUGCUCACCAUUGAAGAGGGUAUCUUUGAAGUGAAAUCCACGGCUGGGGAUACUCAUCUUGGUGGAGAGGAUUUUGAUAAUAGGAUGGUUAACCAUUUUGUUCAGGAGUUUAAGAGAAAGCACAAGAAGGAUAUUAGUGGAAACCCCAGGGCACUUAGGAGACUGAGGACUUCUUGUGAGAGGGCAAAGAGAACUCUCUCUUCCACUGCUCAGACCACCAUUGAGAUCGACUCUCUGUUUGAAGGAAUUGACUUCUAUUCCACAAUAACCCGUGCUAGAUUUGAGGAGAUGAAUAUGGAUCUCUUUAGAAAGUGCAUGGAGCCUGUGGAGAAAUGUCUGAGGGAUGCUAAGAUGGACAAGAGCACUAUCCAUGAUGUUGUUCUUGUUGGUGGAUCUACCAGAAUUCCAAAGGUACAACAGCUUUUGCAGGACUUCUUUAAUGGGAAGGAGCUGUGUAAGAGCAUCAACCCUGAUGAGGCAGUUGCCUAUGGUGCUGCUGUGCAAGCCGCUAUUUUGAGUGGUGAGGGCAACGAGAAGGUCCAAGACUUGUUGUUGUUAGAUGUCACUCCUCUCUCCCUUGGACUCGAGACUGCUGGAGGAGUCAUGACUGUUUUAAUCCCAAGAAACACCACCAUCCCUACCAAGAAAGAACAAGUGUUCUCAACCUACUCCGACAACCAGCCCGGUGUUUUGAUUCAAGUAUAUGAGGGUGAGAGGACAAGAACCAGAGACAAUAACCUGUUGGGUAAAUUUGAGCUCUCAGGUAUCCCUCCAGCCCCUAGGGGUGUGCCUCAGAUUACCGUGUGCUUUGACAUUGAUGCCAAUGGUAUUUUGAAUGUCUCUGCCGAGGACAAAACCACAGGGCAGAAAAACAAGAUUACAAUCACCAAUGAUAAGGGUAGAUUGUCUAAAGAAGAAAUUGAGAAGAUGGUUCAAGAAGCUGAGAAGUACAAGUCAGAGGAUGAGGAGCACAAAAAGAAAGUGGAGGCGAAGAAUGCAUUGGAGAACUAUGCCUAUAACAUGAGGAACACAGUGAAGGAUGAGAAGAUAGGUGCUAAGCUCAGCCCAUCUGACAAGAAAAAGAUUGAAGACUCUAUUGAUCAGGCCAUUUCAUGGCUCGAUAGCAACCAACUCGCGGAGGCUGAUGAGUUUGAGGAUAAGAUGAAGGAGCUCGAGAACAUCUGCAACCCCAUCAUUGCUAAAAUGUACCAAGGUGGUGGUGGUGAGGGUGGUGCGCCCAUGGAUGAUGAUGUUCCUCCUGCUGGUGGAAGCGGUGCUGGGCCCAAGAUCGAGGAGGUGGACUAGGUCAGUGGUUUCUGUUAGUGAAGUUACUUUUUAGUAUCUACUACUAGUCUACUUCUAUAUGAGAUAGUCUGAUUGGGAAUUUUGAAUUGGAUCCUGAUGGCAUUUUUAUAAUUAGGAGUCAUCAAUUUUGAUUUUUCAA